UGGGGUAGUGGGCGGGAUUUAUUGUAAUAUUAGUAGUAAUACUGUGUAAACUAGUCAGCAGCAUUAGUUGGCACAAAUCAUGGGAAUACAGAUAGUAACUUCCCAUGCCAGCAAGAAAUAUGGCCGCCUGAGGGCAGGUCGGCCAUUUUGCCAUGGUAUAACUGCCCAGCGCACAGUAGCAUCAGUGGCAUUUCUUCAGUUGAAGCUUUUGUGGCUGAUGCUAGAGUCUGGCCUCUGGAAGGGCGAGCUAGUCUGUUUCGGCAACUAGUGUAUUACUUCCAGCGUAUUACCUGCGGUAUCCUACUGUUCGGAGCACCAUAAAAUCUGUGCUUUUCUGGACAUUUUUCUUUAUAAUUUUGGUUUUUAUUUUGGACAUCGGAGAUGAGCCGGAGAGAACUGAGGCGGCUCCUCGAGGACCAGAGGCGGUGGAGGAGCCGUCAUGGAGAUCCUGAUGAUGCUUGGGAGACCGUCUUUGAGGAGAGGCUGCGGUCCGAGCGGAGAGGAGAGAGAAGAGCUCGUCAGGACCAGAGACCUCAGAGGGAGAACAGAGAGAGAAGCCGUUCUCCCCUUCCUGCUCCCGACGCUGCAGAGAGACCAAACCCAGAUCAUCUCCCUGGUCAUCUUCAUCUCACCUUUCAUCAACCAGCAGAGAAUGGGCAGGAUCUCCCGGCCAUGGUGGUGGAGCUCACUACGCAGAACCUCCCGGCUUUCCUGGUGGAGAUCAGAAUGCGGAAUCUCCCACCCAUGAUGAUGGUGAUCGGCGGACAGGAUUUCCCGCCCAUGGAGGUAGAGAUCAGCGGGCACAAUCUUCCAGCCACGGUGACCGAGAUCAACGAGCAGAAUCUCCCCGUCAUGGAGGUAGAGAUCAGCGGAUUCCCAUCUCACCAUACCACAGAGGAUGAAGCCACACAGGCGUGUGUGGUCUGCUUGAUGGAGUUUGGACAUGGAGAACGGGUGACUGUCCUGCCCUGCAGCCACAAGUACCACACCAGCUGCAUCUACCAGUGGAUGGACACAAACCCCAGCUGUCCUGUGUGCCGGAGAGACUGCAUCCCGAGGCCGGUCCUGUGGCGGAUCUCCUGAGUACGGCAGGAAGAUGAAGAUCUACAGCACCGUACAGUGUGUUAUCUACCCCUGGAGGACGGAUGUUUGGAACCUUGCACAAGUGUUGGACCCAUACUGUGCAUGUGCAGCCUCCGUUUCCCAAUAUGGAUUUGUAUCGCUGCCGCUGUUGUUGGGGAGGGUUGGGGCCAGGAUCUCCAUCUGAGAUUUCCUGGUCCCUUCAUAGUAGAUGCGGUGGUUGGCUUGUGUGACUUCAUGGGUCACUCAGACGUGUGUUAGUGUCACAGAAGAUCGGAUACUGCAUCCUAGAAUGCGGCUACAUCUGUACUUAUAGGAUAUGAGGAUGACUUGAGUGCAGAGGAGAGUUUAGAGAAUUAUCAGAACUAGUACCAGGUUGUUGGCUAGAGUAGGGGUGCGGAGUCUUACCCCAUUGGUGGUCUUUUCCAGGGAACCUCGCAAGGGGAUUUGGGUUUCACUGCACCCGGUAGGCAGGUAGCGGACCCUGACUGGGUCUCCUGGGCAAGGACUAUUGAUUCUGACUGAACUGUAGAAGAAGUCUGGAGACAGCUAUGGUUUUGGCUUGCAGUGGGAUAGCAGAUGUAGCACUGACAAACGGAGAACAGAAUUGGUGCGCUGACUGGGCUAGAACUGGAAUAAUAACACUUGGCAAUAUUGGAUUGAAUGGAACUGGAGUGCUGACCAGGCUGGAACCGGAAUGAAGACACUGGUAGUACAGAACUGGUUCUGGACCAGACUGGAACCGGAAUGAAGACACUGGUAGUACAGAACUGGUACACUGGUAUUGGACCGGACUGGAACCAGAAUGAAGACACUGGUAGUACAGAACUGGUACUGGAUCAGACAGGAACCGGAAUGAAUACACUGGUGAUACUGAACUGGAACCGGACUGGAGAGGUACUAAGGAUUGCAGGUUCUAAGGUAUAACCUGUGAACACUGAGGAGCGCAGCUACAAGGCUCACCCACUGAGCUGUGUGACAUAUGGAACUGGCAACCUGCACACUGAGAGGCAGGAAGUUUUAUACCCAUGUACUUCCAAGAUUGGCUGAAUGGGUCAAGUGACCCAAAGGCUUAGCGGGAUUGGACAUUGGGGGUCAUUCCAAGUUGAUCGUAGCUGUGCUAAAUUUAGCACAGCUAUGAUCAGGAACACAGACAUGUGGGGGGACGCCCAGCAUAGGGCUAACCUGCCCCGCAUGUCAGUCCCUGCCCCGUCGCUGAAGUACAAAAGCAUCGCACAGCGGCAAUGCUUUGUACUUCAGGAGUUGUUCCCAGCCAGCGCAGCUUUUGCGCACUGUCCGGGAGCUACUCAUCGUUGCCCAGCUUGCAGCGGCUAAGUGUGAUGUUACGCAGCUGCUGCGGCCCGCCCCCUGCACGGUCCAGCCUUGCCCCCUCCCGCCGGCGGCCACCUCUGCCUGUCAAUCAGGCAAAGGCGAUCGCUAGGCAAAGACAGCCGUCGGCUGUCAGCCAUGCGCCGGCGCAUUGCGGUGCUGGCGCAUGCGCAGUUCUGACAUGAUCGCUGCACUGCGAUAAACUGCAGCGAACGAUCAGGUCCGGUAAGCUGACAACAACCAAGAUGGUCCUGCCUAUGUUGCCGGCCCGGUGGGAAUAGCGUCACUUUGGAUACCCCACCACAGUCGUGUGCACCACGCUCCACUGCCCCAGAGAACACUCCGGCGACCGUGUGGGCAGCACGCUGCUUUAACAUCUAUGCCCUCCGAGCACACACAAGCGGCCAGACGGGUAAGAAACAGGGAUUACCCUGGGACACACCACCAGCAGCCGUGACAUGUAUAAUGUUGCCUGGUUGAGUGAUGCUGUUUUUUGUUUGACGUCGGGUUUCGGUUACUGGGUUUGUUUUAAUUUUGCCUGUCAGGUACUUCCCAUGUGUAUGGUGUUUGGUAGGAGGACUCACAGGGUAAUGGCGGAAGUGCAGUGGUCGAUUAAUUUCAUUUGGCUGGCUAGGGACAUUCUUUUGGGAUAUCCUUUUUUUUUUUUUUUUUUAAGUUAAGAGGAUACAAAUCUGGGUUUUCCAGCCAGUUACACAUCUGGCUCUCCAGUUUAUUGCGGACAUUGACGGAUCUUCAGCUUUGGCCCCCAUUUUUUUUUCUAUGCGAGACUGCGUGCGGUGCCUGGGCCUGGAGAUUGGGUGAGUGAGGGCAUUGACGUGGAAUUUGCGUCUUCUAAAACUUUUCCCUGUAAUGGAGGCCCUGGAGUUAGGGGUGUGUGUUUUGGAGAACUGACCAAUGUAUUCUCAUGGAACAACAUUGGGGUUGUGCUGACUUUUCAUUGGAAGGGAGUGUCCAACUUUUCCCACUGUUUCAUGUUUUCGUGCGUAUUGCGUUAUGGUGCUUGCAGUGUUCCUCAUUGUGCUCCGAGCGUGUGCUGGGGUGGAGAAUAGCAUCGUUAAUGCACUUCACACUUGGAUGGGUGACAUUUUGUCUGAAGGUCCCUCAUGCAGACCCAGUUAGCGAGUGUGUUCCUCUUAUGUGUGCAAUGUGAUAUGGCUGAUAUGGAGGGUCUUGCUCACGGAUCUUGGGCUCCUGUUACUUAUUCAGCUUUAUGUUUUGCGGCAGAAUCUGUGGGAGCAUUGAGGGAACGAAGGUGGCAGUCGAUUUCUUAGAAUCUAGCAUUUGUUAUUGAUGGGCUGCUGUUCUGGAAGCUCAUGAAGACAAUUUUUGGUGCAUGUUUGUCUUGGUCAGAAACCUUUUUAGUUUGGCCUUUGCCAUGGCCUUACAUGGAGUGUUUUGGGUUGGGGAGAUUGCUGCUUCCUUUGGAACGGUGGUUUCUCAUUUGCUUUCGUUGCAUGUUUCGACAUUUGGUUUUUCAUUGGAGCGCUGCCCUGAUCGUAGACUUUAUUUGGUGGUCUUGGAGGUGUCUUUUUUGAGGCUCUGUCCAGACGUUGUGUGUACAUGGUUGAGGCAUCACCUGUUAUUCACUAGCAAUUUGGUUGGGUUUUAGACCAUUGCAUCUUGGCACUGGGUCGUUCGCCUGUCAACUGUAGAUCACACUCGUUUCGCAUUGGCACACUAUGGCUGACACUGCGGCGGGCUAGUCCAUGGUCAUAAUCCAGGCGCUUGGCAGAUGGAAGUUUGAUGUGUACAAGAAAUACAUCAGACUUCAGUCUGGAUCUUAAUCCUUACUUGAGGAAUAGCUACUCGCCACCUUUGGUGGGGGUCUCAAGGAAUUUUUGUUUAACCACCAGUUCUUAACCCAGGCUUAAGCCGGCUGGUGGAAGUUUUGUGUUUUCGCCUUGAGUCAAGUAAGGAUCCCCUCUCCCUCCCCUGUCACCAAGUUAGGCCCCACCCAUUUAGUGCUGUUCAUUAGUGGUUGCUGCUGUUUUGCUUGGUUUGUUGGUUGACUAGGUUAUGUGGUCAGUUGAUUUACCUUACUGGUAUUGGUCUUCCUGAAGGUACUCAUUCUGGUGAUUAUUUUAAUUGGUUUUGGGUCAUUCACAUGUGUUUUUGACUUUCCUGUCCAGAUGCAGUGUUGGCUUCAUAUGGAGGAGGCUAGGCGUGGAUAUUAGUUUGGUUCAAGGGCACCACCGGACCCGGUGGGUCCUUUGCCUCUCUGGGAUAGGUUAGUGCCUCAAGUUGAAAGUGAUGGAGGCAGUUGGCCUUUUCCCUUGUAAGUUGUUGUCCCUAUAAAGGGCUGGGAAAUUGGUCUUUCCUCUUCUGAGUUGUUUGGCGGGAUGGGGGCAAGUGGCCUCAUCCUUGCAAAUUUGUGCGCAGUUAGCCCAUUUGGUUUAUGUUUAUACAUUAUUCCUUUAGCUAAGCCAUUCUUCCCCUUGCCACCAUACCCAAUUUUUAGACAGAAUUUAAAAUCCCUUAAAUAAAAAUCUGACCCCUUUCAUUCCAAUUCAGUUGUCCGA